GACUCUUUUGGAACAGCUGGGGGAUAACAAAGCAUGACGGAUGGUUUUAACCAUAUUGGCCAUUAUAUAAGUAAGACUUCAGACUCCCACCAGGUCCACCUCAUGACUAGUCAUUGUCCCUCAGGUGAGGUCAGGCUCUCUCAACUCCACUGCAGGAGACUUUGAUGCCAGUAAAUAACAAGCCCUGGGGAUUGAGGGUAAACAUGACAUACCCAGUCCCUACUUUCCAGAAGCUUCUGUUUUGUUUGUCCAUCGACAACAAGCAAGCAAGCACAAGAAACCAGAUCGUGGGGGAAAAUGAGUAUCACGGAUGUCCUUAGUGCUGACGACAUUGCCGCAGCCCUACAGGAGUGCCAAGACCCAGAUACUUUCGAACCCCAAAAAUUCUUCCAGACCUCGGGCCUCUCCAAGAUGUCAGCCAGUCAGGUGAAGGAUGUUUUUCGGUUCAUAGACAAUGACCAGAGCGGGUAUCUGGAUGAAGAAGAGCUUAAGUUUUUCCUCCAGAAAUUUGAGAGCAGUGCUAGGGAGCUGACAGAGUCGGAGACCAAGUCCCUGAUGGCGGCUGCGGAUAAUGAUGGCGACGGAAAAAUCGGGGCUGACGAAUUCCAGGAAAUGGUGCAUUCUUAAAAGCCCCAGGCUGUGGAGAUAGACACAAUCAGCCGGAAGGCCUCCAAAGCUCCUAGGAAUGGGAAACCCCACUACCUCCCCCUAAUUUAUUUACUCAUUCCCCCACAUGUGCUUCUCCAAUUUGCUCCCUGUUUUAGAGAGGAAAUAAGGCAGCCACUCAUGAAUUUCCUGUGGUCAGUAUGCCCUGAUGACUCCUGUAAGGCCCUUGGCAGACAAUGCCUUUAAAAUUCGUCCAAUAAAGAUACGUUUCUCAUCA